AUGUCUUAUGUUCAACAAAAUGGAAUAAAAAACUGGGACGAAGUCAGAACUCUUCCUUUGCCUUCUGAAGCCAUAAAGAUUAUUGAAGAUCAGUUGAAAAGUGGCAGCAGCUGUAGAAGUACAAGAAUUUCAGUUCUUAGACAGAUUGAUAGUUGGAGAGUUGGCGUUAGAAAGCCUAAUUAUGAAGAAAUUUACAACAGAAUGAGAAAGAUGACUACUUUGUUAUAUAUGUUUGCUUCUGAUGAAAAUGCAUCUAUUUCCAUCUGGUUAAAUGUAAAGCUAGCAGAACAAAACUAUUGCAUUUUUGAAAUCAAUCUUUCUGUUUAUAAUGACGGUAAAAAACAAUUUGCCUUUGGAUUUCAAUCACCAAUGCAAGUUUCAAUCAUGAGAAUCUUAAGCAACGAAGUAUUAUAUACUUUGGUCACUCGCCAUCCUCAAACAGGAAAGGGAUUCCCUGUUGCAUACAUGGUGACAAACAACCAGACAGCCAUACCCAUCAAACUUUGGCUUGACCACCUUCACAUCAAGAGCAGCUUUGUACUAAUGAAUACCACCAUUGACUGUAGCAUUAUAGAGGUUAAUGCAAUCAAAGAAGCAUUACCUCAUGCUACAAUUCACUACUGUGAUUUUCAUGUUCUUCGCGCUUGGCAGCACAACCUUGACAGCAAGAUUAAACUUAAUGCCUCUUAUAUAUCAGAACAACUUGGGAAUUAUAAGACUGCACUGAAGAACUACCUGAGACACAUUCUCAUCAAGUCCAACGAAGACAUGUUCCUAAGAGCAAUUGAAGAUUUUAAACUGAUGGUUCAGGAUCAACCUCAGUUUUUGAAAUAUUUUAAGAAAUGGACCGAGAAUGAAGAAUUGUUCCAACAACAUCAGAGAUAUGUGACAAGCAACUAUGUAGAAUCAUGGCACAAUCAACUCAAGACAAUCUACUUUGGUCGUGCACGCAUCAGAAAAUUGGAUCGACUGAUUUUUAUCUUAACAAAUGAUGUGGAGUUCUAUUUUGAACAAGAGGUUGAGUGUAUUCACUUCAACAAUGAUAAGAUGGGUCCCAUUGAUAAUGAGUUAGCAAGAAAUUCUUUUGUUGCUUCAAAAAUCCAAAAUGACAUGCUCCCUUCCAUGAUUAUCAACCCUUUGGGUGAGACUGGUAACAGCAUAGAUGAUUAUAAUGGUGAGUGGCAAAUAAGAUCUUUUGUAACAGAAGAUAAGUACUGCACCUGCCCAAACUUUCUGACCUGCCAGAUCCCAUGCAAGCAUUCACAUUUGUUGAAGCAUUACUGUGGGGCAAAAUUCAGCUUCAUCAAGCAAUGGGAGAUAGCAGGAGUGGUAUUGAACCGACAAAACACUGUAAAUGCAAAUGAGAACGAAGUUGAGGAAGAAGUAGAGGAGGAAUUAGAGAGUGGAGGUACUGCUGAAGAUAGAGGUGUAUAUGUCUUUGAUGAAAUUGCAGCUUAUUCUGCAACGAUGCAUCACGGCUUUGAAGAUCUUCAAACUUUGAAGACAAUUCCUGGCUUAGAUCAAACAAAGGCAGAUCUUAUAAAAAGAGCACUCGCAGAUGCUGUGAGGUUGAUGGAUGAAUAUAGAAGUGAGAACCCUUCAUAUUUUAGAAACUUGAAUACUCAGAGAUAA